GCGUGUUGAUGGUUUCUUUUGAUUUUGGUCCAGCAUCCGUCUCCUUCGUACCAUCCAAACUCAGAAUCGGAGCGAAGUAAGGAAGAAAUCCAGUUUGGAUGAGUGGGAACAGUUAAUCAUUGUCUCUUCUCUUCUCUUCUCUUCUCAUAUACCACUCACACACACACAUCUCUUCGACCACCCAAAUCGCGUUUUCCCCAUUAUCUUCUUCCCCCAUUCGUGUCGGUGAUCCAUCCAAAUCCCCAAUCCCAAUGUCGCCGAUUCGAAUGGAUCCAUCAAAGCAGCAAUAUUACCGCACCAGCGGAUUGGUGAUAGGCUACGCACUAUGCUCAAGCUUACUCGCCAUCAUAAACAAAUACGCCAUAACCAAAUUCAACUACCCAGGCCUCUUAACCGCAUUGCAGUACCUCACUUCUGCUCUCGGUGUCUAUCUCUUAGGCAAAUUAGGGUUUCUCCACCACGAUCCUUUCGUUCUUCCCACGGCCAAAAAAUUCUUCCCCGCUGCACUCGUUUUCUACCUCGCCAUCUUCACCAACACCAAUCUUCUCCGUCACGCCAACGUCGAUACCUUCAUCGUUUUCCGAUCGUUAACCCCUCUCCUUGUCGCCCUUGCCGACACCGCCUUCCGCAACCAGCCAUGUCCCUCUAACUUCACAUUUUUCUCUCUCGUCGUCAUUCUCGCCGGCGCCGUCGGCUACGUCGCUACCGAUUCCGCUUUCACCCUCACCGCUUAUUCCUGGGCCUUCGCUUAUUUGGUCACCAUUACCACUGAGAUGGUUUACAUUAAGCACAUGGUCAUGAAUCUAGGGUUGAACACUUGGGGUUUUGUGCUUUACAACAACCUGUUGUCGCUCAUGAUGGCUCCUUUCUUUUGGUUCCUCACUGGAGAGAAUGUUGAGGUUCUCGCUGCUCUUAGAUCUGGCUCUGGGAGUUUGUUCGAGCCGACUGCGUUUUCUGCUGUGGCUCUGUCUUGUUUGUUUGGUUUGCUCAUUAGUUUCUUCGGUUUUGCGGCUAGAAGAGCCGUUUCCGCCACGGCGUUUACCGUUACCGGAGUGGUUAAUAAGUUUUUGACUGUGGCUAUCAAUGUGGUUAUUUGGGACAAGCAUGCUAGCCCUGUUGGGUUGGUCUGUUUGCUGUUUACUAUUGUUGGUGGAGUUCUUUAUCAACAGUCGGUGACUGGGCCGGGGAAUGCUCCCGCGCAGCGCGAUGUUGCUCUGGUGCCGAAGCAGUCAGAUGUUGAAAGUAAUAAUGGUGGUGGCAGUGAUGAUUAUGAUGAUGAUUUGGCAAGUGAGAGAGAAGGAAAGGGGAGGAGAGGUUUGAUGCAGUUCUCUAAGACUCCAAGCUUUAAAGUUACAAAUUGCCUUUCAGGAAAGUACUAUUAACAUCUUC